AGAAUGGAUAAUUCACGACAUUUAUUAUUUGUGUUAACCAUUGUUCUAGCGAAAACAACAGCAGGUAAAGUUUGUCAAAAAGGAUGGGCACAAUUUAAGAAAAACUGCUAUUAUUUUUCAUCCGGGGACGCAACAUUUAAAGACGCUACGAUAUCCUGUAUCUCCAUUGGUGCUGGUCUGCUGGAAUUCCAAAACAAAAUAGAAGAGACAUGGGUGGAUUUACAAAUCAAACAUAGAGGUUAUACUAAAGGUGUCUGGUUGGGAUACAGUGACAUUCAGAAGGAAGGUCGUUAUGUUUCUAUGUCCAAUGCAGAGGAACUUGGCUACAACAACUGGCAUAAAACGGAACCCAACAAUGCUGGUGGCAUUGAGCACUGUGCUGCUAUACAUGUCCAAUACGUUGGCUGGGUCGAUGUCCACUGUACAGCAAAAUUUAAUUUUGUAUGCAAGAAAUAAAUGAGCUUGAUAAAUUAAAUGUUGUUCAGUGUUUUACAGUAAGUUAUACUUUAUUAUUUUGGAAAGUUUUAUACUCCUAUAGGAAUAAA